GAGAGAAAAUGUCACCAGCAAACCUCAUCUUAAUGCUGUCUGUAUUCACAGGAGCAGCUGAUGGAUAUUAUUUCUCCACGUGGCCACAGUGCAUCUACAGCUAUCCUGAUUUCAGAGACAUGGUGUUCAUUCUCAGCUUAAACUUCAAUAAAUUGAUGACCGUACAGUUCAACAGCACUGUGGGGAAAUUUGUGGGUUAUACUGAGCAAGGAGUGAAAACAGCAGAGUACUUUAACAAAGAUCAAGCCUAUUUACAGCAGAUGAGAGCUGAAGUGGAUAGGUUCUGCAGACACAAUGCUGAAAUAUAUGGAUUAGCGAUCUGUGAUAAAGCAGUGAAGCCGAAGGUGAUCCUGAGUUUGGUGAAGAAGGGCGACAGCGGACACCCGUAUCUGCUGAGGUGCAGUGCCUAUGACUUUUACCCUCAGCAAAUCAAAAUGUACUGGCUGAGGGAUGGAAGAGUGGUGUCUGACGUGACCUCCAGCGAGAAGAUGGCCAAUGGAGACUGGUACUAUCAGAGUCACUCUGAGCUGGUGUUCAGCCCCAAAUCCGGAGAGAGGAUCUCCUGUGUGGUGGAGCACUCCAGCUUGACCAAACCUUUCAUCAUUGACUGGAAGCCCCCUGUCCAUGAGUUUGAGUGGGAUUUUCAACUGUUAUCUGCUGUCGGAGAUGCUUCAGCGGUGCUGGGAAUCGUCAUUGCAGCCGCUGGAUACAUUUACUACAAGACUAAAACAGAGAAGAAUCUAGUAGCAAUUUACUGAUGAUCCUCGUUCUGACUGACGGAGCCUCGUCAUGGAGAAACACAGCUGUUAUAGACUUUAACUGAUCUUUCAAACUAAAAAUAUUAUGAUUAAAAAUAGGCAGAAUUCAAUUUCUGGAGAAUAUUCCAGCAUCUGUUACGGUGUGAACGACUGAUGGAGUUACUCUGGCCACAUAAUAUGGUCCAUUAUCAGUUUUAAGGACUCAAAUGUAGUUAUUCCACACAAUUUAAGUCAAAAGCAAUGCUGUUAGUAUUUCUCUUCAUCUGUUUUGAGAGUCGAGCGCACUAAUCGCAAUUGAGCACUAUAUAUGUGUGUGUGUGUGUGUUUAUCAGUGUUGAAGAGUACUCAAGAAAAAUCAAACUCAAGUAAAAGUGCCAUUACUUGCCCAAAAAUGUAGUGCAAGUAAAAGUAUCUGUUGUAAAUAUUACUCAAAGUAUAAGUAAAAGACCUUUUAGAACUACUCAAGAGUAGUGAAUAUUACAAUGUGAUGCGUUUACAUCGAAUCUGUGUGUUUGUUUGAAAACGUAACAUUCUGUAGUGCAAUUAUUAACUGUUUAAGGCCAUUUCAGUCCUCAUGCAGUAGAUAUUCAUCAUCUUUUCAUCAGUGACUUGCCUCUAAACACUCUCUCGGUCAUUGUAGUGUCUUGAGGUUGUUCUGUAUGAUGCCAUUAGAUUGGACGGGAAUCACAGGACUGAUUAUUCGACAGAUACAGCACUAAACAUGUACUCAAGUAAAAGUACACAUUUAGAAAUCUACUUAGUAAAGCACAGUUCAUGAGAAAACCUAGCCAGUUACACUAAUUUGAGUAUUUGUUACUUUACACUGCUGAUAUACUUGAACAUAUAUGUAUUCCACUUUAAAUCUGAAGAAGUGGCUCAAACUGAAUCAGGUAUCACCAAAUAUAAUGGUAUUUUGCACUGGUACUGUAUGUUUUAUAUGUAUAUUAUAAAUAUAUACUGUUUUCUUAUUGUAUUAAAGAAGACUUUGGUUAGAUGCCUAUUGCCUAUAUGUGGCUGCUUGAAAUUAAAAAUUUGUAUACUG